AUUAUCCCCUGUAAAAUGUUCAAAAUUAUCGUGUGCAUCGUCGUGGCUCUACUCAGUCAUGCUGAAUGCAAACCGUACUCUAGCCCGAAGCCGUAUCCUGAUCCGCAGCGCCAGUGUCGGACGGGUCACUGCAAUGUGAAUCCUUCGCUGCGAUACGAUUCCUCUUAUUACCCAUCGGCGAAUCAGCUUCAACGCGUAGGGGUCUAUCCCGGUUGUGAUGCCGAUGACAGCGACGAAGUCGAAGACAAUCAGCCGCCACAGCCAAUGCCACCGUCCGACUCCAGCGACAGCGAGCUGCCAGUUUCCGUGUGCGUGCAACUUCCCCCUAGAACUGCAUUGAAACUACCGAAGUGUGUGCUCCAACAAAUAGUGUAUGCCCUGACCAAGGAUGACAAUGCAGUGGAGCCACUGCCCGGAACAACCGUUGCUCCAUGCGCGCAAACGACGACUCCACCCCCACCGCCCUGCACCGAAACUACCCCAGCACCACCAUGCACGCAACCACCCCCAGUGCUGCCACCUGGUCCGAUUGCCUACCCGGGAUACCCAAUGAAUCCCACCGUGAAAAGUACAACCGCGUCGCCAGUGGUGUAUCCUCCACCGAUCUCUGCGCUGAAACAACCUUACAAACCGUCCAGCUUCUGUGGAUCAUGUCGGUCGUCGCUUACGCCUCGGUACAAUAAAUCGUGAAACACGAAAUGAUGAUGACUAAAGGCUGAUUUAUU